AUGGCCGUCUCUCCGAGUAAGGUCCAUCAAGUGUUCUUAAAGUUUCGAGGAGAGCAACUGCGGUACAACUUUCUUAGCCACGUAACCGAUGCCUUAGAGAGGCACGGGAUCAAGUUCUUCAUAGACAAAUACGAGCAGAGAGGCAAAGACCUCAAACAUCUCUUGGUGAGAAUUGAAGAGUCGAGCAUUGCACUGGCCAUCUUCUCUUCUAGGUAUCCAGAGUCAAGGUGGUGCAUGGAUGAGUUGGUGAUGAUGAAGAAACUUGUGGAUCAAGGAAAGCUCCGAGUGAUUCCAAUCUUCUACAAGGUAACGGCAGAAGAAGUUAAAAAACCAACACGUGACAAUGAGUUUGGUAGAAACUUCUGGAGGCUCGCGGAAUUAGUUUCUACAACUUCUUCUAGUAGAGAUCAGAUCAAACAUUGGUUGGAAGCCCUGGAGUCCAUCUGCGAUAAGAUGGGUUUGUCUUCAGAAGAAAGCUCUGAAUCCGAUUUUGUCUACAAGAUUGUUAAGGAGGUUAAGACAGUUAAAGAAGCAAUUGAUAUAGAAGAAGAAGAGAAAUCAUUUUGGGGGGAAAUAUUAAAAAUAAAAGUGAGGAAUUUUCAGUUCCCUACAACGUAA